ACCCGCAAGAAGAAUACAAAAACGGGGAAAACAAUAAAUAACGUCUGGCAAGAGCAAUUAAACUGAGUUGGUAAGAAAAAAAUGACUACCUCGAACGUUUUAGAAGUGAAUUACGAAGACAUCAAGUUCAACAAGAAAGGAGAAUCAAAAGUGAUUCUUGGCAACGGUAGCUAUGGGAGGGUAUUUCUAGCCCGGUGGCGUGAUCGCCAGACAGCUGUGAAAGAGUUAUAUCCAACAAAAAAUCCCUCAGCAUCAAAGAGAGAAAUUAACCAGCUAUAUCGAAUCCGUCAUAAAAAUAUUGUCAAAUUAUAUGGCGUAUCAGAAUAUAACAGCAAAACUUAUUUACUAUUGGAGUUUAUGGAGGGCGGAUCAAUGCACGAUUUCUUAUAUGGACCCAGAGAGUCAUAUCAAUAUCCGACUGCCCGAGAUUGGGCCAAUCAAAUUGCAAAAGGUCUCGCCUAUCUACACGAUCCGAGUGUUGGUCCAAUUAUACACCGCGAUAUAAAACCUCACAACAUUUUGCUUUCAAAAGAACGUUUAAUCGUCAAAAUUGGUGACUUUGGGAAUGCAAAACCUCUCGAUAAUGCAAUGACGUGUGAAAGUGGAACAGUUAUGUACAUGGCUCCAGAGGUAUACGACAGCCGCAAUUAUACAGAAAAGUGCGAUGUAUAUAGUUUUGGAAUCACUGUGUGGGAGAUGUUGGCAAUGCAACAGCCAUUAAACUGGUAUAAAAAAAAUUUCCCUCUACAAUUGAGUGUCUCCAGAGGUGAACGUCCUUCUUUCGGAGGCCCAAUGAAAAAUUGCCCCAAAUCUAUGAAAGAAUUGAUAGAGAGCUGCUGGGAUCAAAAACCUUCCAACCGUCCAUCGAUGAAAAGUGUAAUAAAAGAAUUAAACGACAUGAUUGAUUCCUCAGGAGAACAUUAACAAAAAAAGAAUAGUUUUACUUCUUAACGAUUUUUUGAAAAUCUUAAAAAUUUGUGUAAUACUUCAAAAGUUUUUGUAUGCAUAUUUGUACACUGAUUUUAAAUCAGAAAAUUGAUAUAUCUGUUUAUCGAUAAUUCCUUAAAUUUUUCCAUAAAGUGAAUUAGUCACAGUUUAAGUUUGUAGCCCUCGUAUUUGUAAACCACGCCACAAUUUAGCGGCCGGAUAAACUUUAAAUUUGAUUUCACAA